AUGUUUAUCGUUGGCCUCACGGGUGGUAUCGCAAGCGGGAAGUCGUCGGUCACAAAGAUGUUGACACAAUUAGGUGUGGAUGUGAUUGACGGAGAUUUAGUGGCCCGAGAAGUGGUCAAACCGGGAAUGAAGGCCUUGGAACUGAUGAGACAGCGAUUGGGCGAAGACGUGAUCCUCGAGAGCGGAGAAAUGGACCGAAAAAGAGUGGCAGACAUUAUAUUCAACGACCCGUCGAAGAGACAACUCGUCAAUAGUAUAAUACAUCCGCAGAUUUAUAAAUACAUAUUCAGACAACUGUUUGUCUAUCUCUUGAUGUUAAGACAGUUUGUUGUCUUAGAUCUGCCACUUCUGUACGAAAGCGGAAAAAUGAGACAAUAUAUGAGUCAAAUCAUUGUCGUUAAGUGCAGUCGUGAGCAACAGAUCCAGCGAUUAAUGCAACGAAACGAUUACACGGAAGAGGAAUGCAUUUCGCGAAUUGACUCUCAGAUGUCUUUGGAUGAGAAGUGCUUAUUAGCCGACAUUGUUAUCGACAACAGUCAGGACUUGAUUCACACUCGACGACAAGUGGAACAAGUGGUCAAAGAGUUGAGUGAUGAACGAAACCAUUCGGUGGUCAAAACGGAAAGCGACUCUUCGGCCAAAUAUGUGUUGCCGGGCGAUGAGAUCACAUCCGACCAGACCUUCAUGAGAGGUCACGGCACGUAUCUGUCGACUCUCAACGACGACAAACAGCUGAUGGCGUCCAUCGCCGGCGUCGUUGAGCCCAUCAAUCGUCUCAUAUCUGUCCGACCGCUGAGAACCCGAUAUAACGGAGAGAUCGGAGAUGUGAUCGUCGGUCGCAUUACCGAAGUUCAGAGCAAGAGAUGGAGAGUCGAGACCAACGCACGGCUCGAUUCGGUGCUGCAGUUGUCCGGAGUUAACCUUCCGGGCGGUGAACUCAGGCGUAAGACCGCAGAGGACGAGGUCUUAAUGAGAAACUAUCUCAAAGAAGGCGACAUUAUUUCGGCCGAAGUGCAGAAUAUCUUCGACGACGGGUCGCUCGGACUUCACACCCGAAGCCUUAAGUACGGAAAAAUCACUUCCAUAAGCUUCCGAUCGGCGCUAAUAUGA